AUGUCUCUCUCACCGUCACUGCUAUUUUCUCCCACAACAACAUCGCACCAUCACCAAAUCUCCGAUCUCCGACCGAUGUCUCCACCCAUUCUCUGCCCCCACUCUAAUUCACUCAGUCAAAUAUCCAAAAACCCUCAAUCAGAGAACCAAGGUCGCUUCUCAUUUUUCCCACACCAGUCGACAGAAAUCAAGGAGGGUACAGUUGUUGGAACCACAACUAUUGUUGGAACGAGGGUUUCGGUUCAUAGAACCUCCAUCUACUUCUCUCGAUCUUCAGUUCCUCAACUAACGAGUCCUCCAUGCUCACCGCCAUCUCCAGAGGAAUGCGAUCAAGCUGUUGAGGGCUUAAGCAGUUCCAAGGCUAAAGCAAAAACCAAAAAGGUGAAAGAAUCAAAAUCCAUUUUCCACAGGACAUGUGGUGUGUUAUCAGGUAUUCGUCCAGCUCUAAGAGUUGUGGCUUCCAUGAGCAGAUAA